UCAUGUGGAUUUUAACACCCAGGGUGAUUUUUGAUUGAGAGUUUAGUGAUGGCGUGGAGAAAAUACGCAAAACACAGAGAAAGGGGAGAACCAGGGAGUCUGUGUUCCGCGCCAUUGAAAUGCAAAUAUCAGUGAGGAACAAGAAGAGGUUGUGUGUCUCUGUUUGUGUGUGCCUGCAUAGGGGAGCGGGGGAGGUGUGGCGCAAGUUUUGGACAGCGAGAGAGACGACUUUAGGAAAACAGCCACACACGCACUCUCCGCAGCUCAUAUGACGGCGCAUUUAUAGGGAUUUAUGCCCCUCUUUGAUUUCUUCCAUGCAAGGGACCAACGAGCGAUACCGUUGUCUAGAUGCCAUUUAGAAAUUCGAAAUUUCCUGAAAUGUGAGUUUGGAUUCUGGAACGUGAAGCCUACAAGUGCGUAAAGUGGCCAGUGUUAUUUAUUCGGCGAAUGCCCCCCUUCUCUCAGUCUCCUCGUGAAUCAUGUCACGCCGGAAGCAGAAACGACCGCAGCAGCUCGUUAACUCGGACCAGGGGGGCACGCGGAUACUAUCGCACGACUACCAGCUGUUAGCCAGGUCACCUUCCACGUCUCUGGGCUCCGAACUGACCUUCUCUGGGUCCUCAUCGUCGUCCCCCACCUCCCUCGAAGAUCACCAGCCCCCCCUGGCCCCUCGGUCGUCACCUGGGGGUCUCCACGGACCCUCCCUCCCCAGUGAGAGCUCUUCGCCCACCCACUGGUCCAGCCACAUCGCCCCCUAUACCACCACCUCCCUCCCCAAUACCCAUUCAUCCCUCUCUCCAGACUUCCCUCACCCCUCCUUAUCCUCGCAGACGCAAUCCCUGCCUCUCAACCUCAAUCAGACAUCGGGCCACUGCCUCUCCCAUCAGGCCCACUCCCACACCACUAUGGCCUCACCACAGAUGGGCAGCUCUGCCACCACCACCACCACUACCUCCUCCUUGUCUUCCUCCCUCCCUCCCCUGCAGGAGAGCACCAGUCCUGGGCACCAGGAUGGCUCCAGCCUACCGGUGCCGGGGCUAGGCCAGAUUCAGGUGCCCCUGACCCUGUCUGUGCUCCUGGAGGAGCUGAGGGUGCUGCAGCAGAGGCAGAUCCACCAGAUGCAGAUGACUGAGGAGAUCUGUAGGCAUGUUCUCCGGUUAGGAGGGGCCAUCUAUACUCAAGACAUCUCCCAGGCUGGUAGUGGAGAGAACCACCAACGAUCCACAGCAAGAUCCUCCUCCCCAACACACCAUUCCUAUUCAGCCCCUGUCCCAUCCUCGGCCUCCCCUCUCCUGGCCUGCCUCCCCUCCCUCCUCCCUCAGCCCACUGUCUCCAAGCCCAGCCUCUCCUCUCACAGUAAUGGGACCAGGGCAUCACACUCUACCUCGCCCUCCACCACUUGGAGCUCCUCGAUAGCAUCCUCCGUGCAUCCUCUGUCCCUGAGUCUGCCCCCGCGCUACCUCCAUGAGAAAUCCUCAAACACCUCCCCGUUCAGCCACAGUAACGGGGUUGGCUUCCCCACCCCGCCCCUCCCCACCACCAGCCACUCCCAAGACCACCUGCUGUUGUCCAGCUCCUCCUCGGCUGGGUCCUCAUCUGCAGUGCGUCCACAGCAUGCUUGUAAGUUUUGUGGUAAGGUCCUGAGCAGCGAUUCCUCACUACAAAUCCACCUACGCUCCCACACAGGGGAGAGGCCCUACCUUUGUCCCGUCUGCCUCAGCCGUUUUACCACCCGUGGGAACCUCAAGGCCCACUUCCUGCGCCACCGUGAACAGAACCCGGAACUGUCGCUCUCGCUGCUCCCUCCGGCUCUGGAGCAGCCCGCCCCCGUUGCCACCACCGCAGGCCAGAGACGCAGGAAGCGCCGUGCGGAAGACGAGGAGCCGCCGUUCGGUGGCGUGAAAGGAAUGACAGAAGGAAUGGCGCUCAGUUUCCUGUCCGGGGCGUCUCCUCGGCCUUCCCCUUCAUCUAUGCCUAUGCCACCCAGUAUGGACAUGGCUCUGUUGUCCACGGCUCACUCCCUGCUACAGCUGAACAGGGCCUCCGCUGCAGCAGCCAGCGCUUCGAGUAGUGUGUUACCUUCAUCAUCCUCCUCAUCCUCCAUGGGUGGCCAGUUCAAAGGGGUGAAGCAGCAGAGGUUUGAUGAGAACACCCCUCCACACUCCACCAUCCAUCCAGGCUCUCCCUACUCCCAGAUGGCCCACUUCCCCAAGAUUCUCUUCCCCGGAGGACCCUCACCCCACCACCUUGCCCUCCUCUGUCCCCCAGGGUCCCAUACCACUGCCUCUCAUCUCACCUCCCCCCACACCCAGCUCCCCUACCCUCCCUACUCCAAACCCCAGACGUCCUCCACAACCUCCUUCACCCAAACCUCCGACACCUCAAAGUUGCAGCGGCUGGUCAUGAAACUGGAGAAGCAGCACCAGGGAGGGGGCCAGUCAUCCUCCUUUGGCCCAGCAGACAGCUUUUUCUCAAACAGGGACACCCACGACCUGACCACCAACUCCUACCGCAGGGAGAUGAUGGCAGCCCUGGGCCUCAACCCCAACCCUGGGGCCACGGUGAGCAGCAACAGCCAGGCACAGGAUCUCCCUGGAUCCACCAAUCCCGCCCUGUCUCCUAAUCAGUGUGGGGUGUGCCUGAGGGUGCUCUCCUGCCCCAGGGCCCUGAGUCUCCACCAGGCCACCCACCUGGGUGAACGCCCCUUCCCCUGUAAGCUGUGUGGACGCUCCUUCUCCACUAAGGGAAGCCUGAGGGCCCACCUCGCCACCCACCGCGCCCGCCCGGCCAACUCCCGCACCCAGAACUCCUGCCCACUGUGCCCGCGCAAGUUCACCAACGCCCUGGUGCUGCAGCAACACAUUCGUAUGCACCUGGGGGGUCAGAUACCCCCGGGGGGAGAGGGGGAGGAAGGUACAAAUAUGGCCCAAGAAGAUCCCACCGAUCUGAGCCUGCUGACCACACACUCUCGAUCCAAACCCUGCCUCCAAGGCCUCCACCCCCUGGCCUUAACAAUGACCAGCAUCAUCCCUAACCCACUUGUCAGCAACAUGAACUCAGGAGGUUCAGCGACCAAGGAAUCCCAUGCAGCUGACCGGAUCCUCCAUAUAGAGGGGGAGUCUGAACCCUCCCCAUCCACAGCCAGCAUUAGCCCACCUUUGACCCAUAAUCCCUCCCCAGAAGACCCCAUGCUCCUGGGGGAAAGAUCUGAGUCUGACGACGGCCCCGCUGGAGCCUCCAUAGAAGACUCGCAAGACUCCCCAGCUGACCUCUCUAACACCAGCCCAAGUAGACGCCCAUCCUUGACCAGCUCCCAGCCCGCCUCUGUGGUGGAGGGUGAUGUAGAGGUGAAGGAAAAUGUCCACAGACCGGGUGUGGAUACUGAUAGUAGUAGGUCAGGAAGGCUCACUAACAGCUCUAGGUCGACCACAGAGAACCAGACCAACUCUCCAGAUGGACUCCUCCUCAGCCUUGAAUCUGAAUCUACCCCAAACUCCUCUGCCACCCUCAACCCCUCCCCCACGCUCACCCUCCCUGCCAGCCAUAAAGCAGCCCAAGAGCCAGCCCCCCAGGCCUCCAGUAUUACCCCACAGGAGCCCAGCCCUGAAGGGGAAAUGGCUCCAUCUGAAGGGGAGAGCGAGGGCACAGCACCCAGUGAUACCUCAUCAGUAAUGGUGCCUGAGAGUGAGAAAGUGACCCCGAGCUCCACGGAGGAGAGUGAUAGGGCUCCAGAGGAACCAGAGGCCUCCCAGCUAGCCACCCCAGCAUCAGCGCCCUCCAAACCCUACUCCUGCACUCUGUGUGGGAAGGCAUACGCCAGCCGCAGUGGAUUAAAGGGACACAUGAAGACACACCCUGUGUUGACCAGCGUCCCCGCCGAGACUUCUCCUCCCGCCACCCUGACCAAUGACACUGUGGAGGAUCAGAGUUCUCUCUCAGCCAAUGGGAACAGUGGAGAGCAGGAUGAAAAGGAACGGCUGGCCAAAUCUCCUGAGAAACUCGUUACCUUAGAAGAUCAGCCAAUCACUGCUGGCUGUGGGGAGGAAGCAGAGCAACCUGCGGACACUACUGAGUAAAAAACGGCAUAUGAUUGGCUGCUGAAUGGUGUCAGUCAAUUUAUUUUUUUAUUAAAGGCCCUGACAAGGGAAUGUAUUUUCAUCAUAGAAUUAGAAUUGAUUCUAUAAAGAUUGAUUCUUAUUCUGUGUAAUUUUGCUACUAGUCAGUUGGGUCUAUUUUGUCUAAUAAAACGUUAGAUUGUUGUGAAGUACUAAUUCAGUCAGCAUCUCGGCAUGGUUACGAUACCACUAUCUCAAAGAACACGAAGAGGCCUUAUUUGACGAUACGAUUUCACAGAAUUCUCUUGUACUGUAACGGCACACAAUGAGGUUUGUGUGUUGGAUCACAAUAGAAUACAUAAGCAGGGAUGUAUGUUUUAGAGAGCAGCUAGUUCUAGUGAAACAUAUGAAUGAAAUGUCUAUUUGGAAUUGGAAUGAAGUGAAGGAGAAAUAGGUGAAAUAUCACUCUAGGAUAUAUGGUACGAAUGCCAUACCAAAACAGGCCAGUGCAGUAGUGGCAGUUUUCUUGUAUACUGAACAAAAAUAUAAAUGCAACGUGUAAAGUGUUGGUCCCAUCUUUCAUGCGCUGAAAUAAAAGAUCCCAGAAAUGUUCCAUACGCACAAAAAGCUUAUCUCCCCAAUUUUGUGCAUAAAUUUGUUUAUAUCCCUGUUAGUGAGCUUUUCUCCUUUGCCAAGAUAAUCCAUCCACCUGACAGGUGUGGCAUAUCAAGAAGCUGAUUAAACAUGAUCAUUACAAUUACAAAGGUGCACCUUGUGCUGGGGACAAAAGUCCACUUCAAAACGUGCAGUUGAGUCACAACACAAUGCCACAUAUCUGAAGUUUGUGUGUGCAAUUGGUGUGCUGACUGCAGGAAUGUCCACCAGAUCUGUUGCCAGAUAAUGUAAUGUUCAUUUCUCUACCAUAUGUUGUUUUAGAGAAUUUGGCAGUAUGUCUAACCGCAGACCACGUGUAACCAUGCCAGCCCAGGACCUCCACAUCUGUCUUAUUCACCUGAGGGAUUGUCUGAGACUAGUCAAUAGGGCAGCUGAUUAAACAGGAGUAUUUCUGUUUGUAACAAAGCCCUUUUGUGGGGGGAAAGAAAUUCAGAUUUGCUGGGCCUGGCUCCCAAGUGGGUGGGCCUAUGCCCAGUCAUGUGAAAUCCAUAGAUUAGGGCCUAAUUUAUUUCAAUUGAGUGAUUUCCUUAUAUGAACUGUAACUCAGUAAAAUUGUUGGAUGUUGUGUUUAUAUUUUUGUUCAGUGUAUAUAUAUAUAUGAACUGUGGUUGCUAUGUGUAUGUUUAUUUACAUUUUUGUUUUACAGACUUUUCACUUUUUAAACUGUCUUGCUGCUGGACUGUUUCAAUGGAGUUGCACUGACUUUGAACUUUGCUGUCCAUACAUCCAUUGAAACAGUGAUGAUGAAAAUGCAGAUGAUACUGACGAUGAUUGUUACACUGACCAGUCUGUAUAUACAAUGUAUGUUGGCAAUCCUGGGUUGUGCUGUUAUGAUUGACCAUACAGCAGCAACUUUUAGACCUGAACAACAAUGUGUUAUAUCGGUGAUUGUAAUCGGUUUAUCCAUAAUUGAUUGGAUGUCUCUGCACAGGGACGUAUUGAAGUAGCCUGGAAUUCAAACAGGUGGUGCUAUGCUUCACUGUUGUGAAGUUUGGGUACCAGGCUAGAAUAAAACAACUGAACCUCCCAAGGACCAGAAUGGAUUAUGUCUGAUAGAUUGACAUCAUCCCUCCAUGUCUUUUGUCUCUCUCUACCUCUAACCUCUCUUUUUCUCCCUCGCUCUCCUCCACUUCCCUUUCUCUCCUCUACCAUCUCUCUCCUCCUCUACCAUCUCUCUCCUCCACGUCCCUUUCUCUCCUCUACCAUCUCUCUCCUCCUCUACCAUCUCUCUCCUUCACUUCCCUUUCUCUCCUCUACCAUCUCUCUCCUUCACUUCCCUUUCUCUCCUCUACCAUCUCUCUCCUCCACUUCCCUUUCUCUCCUCCUCUACCAUCUCUCUCCUCCACUUCCCUUUCUCUCCUCUACCAUCUCUCUCCUCCUCUACCAUCUCUCUCCUUCACUUCCCUUUCUCUCCUCUACCAUCUCUCUCCUUCACUUCCCUUUCUCUCCUCCUCUACCAUCUCUCUCCUCCACUUCCCAUUCUCUCCUCCUCUACCAUCUCUCUCCUCCACUUCCCUUUCUCUCCUCCUCUACCAUCUCUCUCCUCCACUUCCCUUUCUCUCCUCCUCUACCAUCUCUCUCCUCCACUGCCCUUUCUCUCCUCUACCAUCUCUCUCCUCAUCUGCCAUCUCUCUCCUCCACGUCCCUUUCUCUCCUCUACCAUCUCUCUCCUCUGCCAUCUCUCUCCUUCACUUCCCUUUCUCUCCUCUACCAUCUCUCUCCUUCACUUCCCUUUCUCUCCUCUACCAUCUCUCUCCUCCUCUACCAUCUCUCUCCUCCUCUACCAUCUCUCUCCUCCACUUCCCUUUCUCUCCUCCUCUACCAUCUCUCUCCUCCUCUACCAUCUCCUCCACCAUCUCUCUUCCACUUCCCUUUCUCUCCUCCUCUACCAUCUCUCUCCUCCUCUACCAUCUCUCUCCUCCACUUCCCUUUCUCUCCUCCUCUACCAUCUCUCUCCUCCACUUCCCUUUCUCUCUUCCUCUACCAUCUCUCUCCUCCUCUACCAUCUCUCUCCUCCUCUACCAUCUCUCUCCUCCACUUCCCUUUCUCUCCUCCUCUACCAUCUAUCUCGCUCCCCUCUCUCCCUCUCUCAAAGCACUUGAGAGUUCAAGUUUUCGGCUGCGUCCUACAUUAGAUCGGUUUAGUUUUUGUACUUUUUUUUUAGCCUUUGGUUUUUCCCAACCAUUGUUUUUGUAGUUAUGAUAACAUGUGCUUCCCAUUUUUUGAUGUAAAAAAUAAUAAAAUGAUGGUGGAAAAAUGG